CGCGCCGCGCUGCGGGCGGGGCGGGUCUCCGGGAUUCCAAGGGCUCGGUUACGGAAGAAGCGCAGCGCCGGCUGGGGAGGGGGCUGGAUGCGCGCGCACCCGGGGGGAGGCCGCUGCUGCCCGGAGCAGGAGGAGGGGGAGAGCGCGGCGGGCGGCAGCGGCGCUGGCGGCGACUCCGCCAUAGAGCAGGGGGGCCAGGGCGGCGCGCUCGCCCCGUCCCGAAUGGGGGGCGUGCGCAGGGAAGGCGCUCGGGGCGGCGGCCGUGGCCGGGGGCGGUGGAAGCAGGCGGGCCGGGGCGGCGGCGUCUGUGGCCGUGGCCGGGGCCGGGGCCGUGGCCGGGGACGGGGACGGGGCCGGGGCCGGGGCCGCGGCCGUCCCCAGAGUGGCGGCAGCGGCCUUGGCGGCGACGGCGGCGGCUGCGGCGGCAGCGGUGGCGGCGGCGCCCCCCGGCGGGAGCCGGUCCCUUUCCCGUCGGGGAGCGCGGGACCGGGGCCCAGGGGACCCCGGGCCACGGAGAGCGGGAAGAGGAUGGACUGCCCGGCCCUCCCCCCCGGAUGGAAGAAGGAGGAAGUGAUCCGAAAAUCUGGGCUCAGUGCCGGCAAGAGCGAUGUCUACUACUUCAGUCCAAGUGGUAAGAAGUUCAGAAGCAAACCUCAGUUGGCAAGGUACCUGGGAAAUACUGUUGACCUCAGCAGUUUUGACUUCAGAACUGGAAAGAUGAUGCCUAGUAAAUUACAGAAGAACAAACAGAGACUGCGGAAUGAUCCUCUCAAUCAAAAUAAGGGUAAACCAGACUUGAAUACAACAUUGCCAAUUAGACAAACAGCAUCAAUUUUCAAACAACCGGUAACCAAAGUCACAAAUCAUCCUAGUAAUAAAGUGAAAUCAGAUCCACAACGAAUGAAUGAACAGCCACGUCAGCUUUUCUGGGAGAAGAGGCUACAAGGACUUAGUGCAUCAGAUGUAACUGAACAAAUUAUAAAAACCAUGGAACUACCUAAAGGUCUUCAAGGAGUUGGUCCAGGUAGUAAUGAUGAGACCCUUUUAUCUGCUGUUGCCAGUGCUUUGCACACAAGCUCUGCACCGAUCACAGGGCAAGUCUCCGCUGCUGUGGAAAAGAACCCCGCUGUUUGGCUUAACACAUCUCAACCCCUCUGCAAGGCUUUCAUUGUCACAGAUGAAGACAUUAGGAAACAGGAAGAGCGAGUACAGCAAGUGCGUAAGAAAUUGGAAGAAGCACUGAUGGCAGACAUCUUGUCACGAGCUGCUGAUACGGAGGAGAUGGGCAUUGAAAUGGACAGUGGAGAUGAAGCCUAAGAUUAGCAUCAGGUAACUUUCGACCGACUUUCCCCAAGAGAAAAUUCCUAGAAUUGAACAAAAACGUUUCCACUGGGUUUUGCCUGUAAGAAAAAAAUGCACCCGAGCACAUAGAGCUUUUUAAUAGCACUAACCAAUGCCUUUUUAGAUGUAUUUUUGAUGUAUAUAUCUAUUAUUCAAAAAUGAUGUUUAUUUUGAGUCCCAGGACUUAAAAUUAGCCUUUUGUAAUAUCUAUCAAGCAGGACCCUGAAGAUGAAGCUGAGCUUUUCAUGCCAGGUGCAAUCUACUGGAAAUGUAGCACUUAACGUGAAAUAUUCGUCUCCCCUGCAAUUUUAAUAUGAACGGAUCAGGAGUACCAAAUAAAUUUCCCAAUGAAAGCUUAUUGUGACUUCACUGUAUAUAAACAGAUUUUUAUACUUUAUUGAAAGAGGACACCUGUACAUUCUUCCAUCAUCACUGUAAAGACAAAUAAAUGAUUCUAUUCACAGACUGAUUGGAAUUCUUUCUGUUAAGGAGCACACAAUACAUAGCCCCUCCUUAGGAUUCCUCGUUCACAUUUUGAAAUGGAGGUAGUAGCAAAUAGUUCUUACAUUUGCAGUAUACCUCUGGAUAUCAUGAGAAUUGCGCUGCUUUCACCAGAAUUAUAAGUUGUUGUGUAGCAUGGGUAAUUUUUUUCCCCUUGCCUGUAACGAGUACUUUUGUUAGUUCUAUAAAAAUAAGGCAUUUUCUUCCCUUGGGCAUGAGUUAGGUACACAGGUGUGCUUCAGAUGUUACUGGAAGUCCAUGUCUGUUUUUCUAGAACACUUUACAUUUUCCAGUGUCUCCUGGCUUACAGAGUUAACAGGUGCAGGUCAGACCCUUUGCCACAAAGAGAGGCAUUUUUCUGGGCAGAGUUGCUUAAUGAACCAGAUUGUAAUACUUUGCUAAUUACUACCUGGCCUCCAAAGUAUUAACAUCUUUUUUUCUGUUGAAACUCACAAGCGUUAACUUCAUUACCAGUUAAAUUCCUUGAUAUCUAAUGACUAAAACUGGCAUAGCAUUGAGAAAUGAGUUUUAAAAAUCAAAACACACUUAAGGUAAUCUGAUGCCAAAGAAAGGAGGGAGUGGUUAUAAGCAAAUUUAAGUACAUUUUGAGAAAUAGAGCAAACAUUUUUCUUUCUGUACGAAGGGUUUAUGCACUUCUUAACUCAGUUCUUUCAAAAUCAGACGCAGAAUGAUGUGAUCAAGGACGUGACCAAAUCCCUCUAAAUGUCACUUGUACAUUUUUUUAUCACUACCUCCAGCACCCUUCCGGUUUCCGAGGAGGGGAAAGAAAAGAAAACAGUGAAAGCAAUAUGACUGGCUAGGUUUGAGCUGCUGUCUCUCUGGACUUAAUGCAAGACUACAUAGAUAUCACCUUCUUGGAAUUCCUGAUUUACAUGCAACUUUGAUCUCUGGGCUUUAGGCCACCGAUUUCCACAGAGUAAUCCUGCUGGCAAAUAAGCAGAGAUCCUUGCAGACUCUGGGAAGACAAGUGGCAGAGGGUUGCCUGCUCUGGGCCCUUCCGACUGUCCCAGUUGGGGUGGCAGUUGGAAGUUACAAUAAUACUGAUUUCUUUUUAAGAGCUAUUAUGACUGGUUAGAAUGAAUGCCCAAAGGCUUUGCUUAGACUCAAAGUCCACGAGUCUUCAUUUGUAAUCAAGCUUGGGGUAACUUCACCUUGGCGAUCAUAUGUUCUUUUCACAAAGCAAUCCAACCAAGACGUACGUGCCUUUAUAAACAAAGUUUGUUAAAGGAAAAAACACACGUACAAAACUUUGAUUUUUGUCCUUAUAUACAUUGCUCAGGUAGAGAACAAGGUUUGAAAGCCGUUACACGCUGUCUAGCUGGGAACUAUCCCAUAAGUCCAGGUGUUCCCAGUAUACCCGCGGGACAUGUCCAAAAAUAAAUGCAUCAUCUUAUCCCCCAAACCUACCACCGUCUUGCAUUCCCUAACUUGUGUAAAAGCACAUCAUCGGAUCCAGUUGCCCAGGGCAGAAGCCCAGGAGUGAUCCCAGAUGGCACUCUUCCCCUUGCCUCCAAUACCCCAUCAGUCCUGUUAGAAUUGUUAACCACAUUUCUCACACCUUCAUCUACAUCUCUUCUCCAUUCCUGCAACCACUGCCUCCUUUCCUCUGCUCUUUCAGCGGCUUCCUUUUAUUUCUCACCUGUCCCCUUUCCCUUCUUCCCUCUCCAUCCCUCCUUUUUCUCCUCCCUAGAGUCGUCAGAAUGGUCCUGGAAGCAAAUGUGACCUGAUCAUUUCCCUGCUCGAAAUUCCCCACUCCUCCGUGUAUGCAGUUUAGAAUCAUGCUUAAGAGCAAGCACUUUGAAAUGGAGAGAACCUGUGUCUGAACCCUGGUUUUGCCAUUUGUGUGACUUGUCAGGUUACUUAAUGUCUUUGAGCCUGUUCCUCCUCAGUGAAAUAGGAAUAAUAAUACCUACCUCAUAGAGUCGUUGUGAGGACUAAAGGAGAUACUGUUUGUCAAGUGUUAGCACAGUGCCUGGCGCGUCGUAGUGAGGGCUCCUGUUGGAGCGGGCGCUCUCGCUAUUAUCUCUGCAGGUGUCAUUUUAUGUCACUUCCGAGAGGCAUUCGCUGAUAACCCUAACUACCCUCCACUUUAUAAAUACCCGCAAUACUUUAUCUUCUGCCUUGGCACUCUGUUUGUUUCCUUUGUAGAAAUCUUCUAAAUCUGUAUUUUAUUUAUUUGUUGACUUUUUUGUCUGUCUAUCUACUAGAAUGUAAGCUCCGUGAGGGCAAGGAUGUGUCUGUCGUGUUCCCUGUUAUAACCCCAGCGCUUAGCCUAGUGCUUGGCACACAGUGAGCACUCAGUAAGUGCGUGUUGAAUAAAUGGACAAAUGAUCAAAAGCCUCUUCACGAUCUGAUGCCUGCCUACUUGUCUAGCUCAUCCUGCCACUGUCCCCACUGCACCUUCGGCUCAAGAAAAACCACAUCACCUGCUCCUUUGAAGUGCCCCUUGGGCCUCUGUGUCUUUGCACCUGUCGUUCCCUUUGCCUGCCUGUCUACAUGGCCAAUUCCUGAGCACUGGUCAAGUCACAGCUCCCUCCUCCGAAGCUGCCCCUGGUUUCUCCAGGCAGAUGUUCUUUUCCCCCUCUUCCAGAUUCCCACUGCACUUUGUCAAUACCUCCACGGAAGCACUUUAUUGUAUUGUAAAUUUGUUUGGAUGUCUGUUUCUACUUUUAGACUGUAAGCACAGUGAAAGCAGAGAUUGCAUCUUUUCAUCCUCAUGGCCCCAGAGCCUAGCGCUGUGCCUGGCAUAUAACAAGUUUGUCAAUAAAUACUUGUUGAAUGAAUUAGUGAACAAAGCGUCUUGCAGUUGGAAAAAUCUUGCAAGACGGAUGUAUUAUUACAGAAAGGGAUGCCCCUGGCGGCUUCCGGGGUAGUUUUUUGUGCUAGAGAGGAGAUCUAGAAAGCAUUAUGUAAUCUCUUUGAAUAGAAGAUGACUUGUUUGAAUUUCUAAAAUAAG